GGAGGUUAGCGUUAGCAUCUAGCUAACUAGCUUCCUCUGUAAUGGCGGCCUCGGUGUUGCUGGGGUCCGCGGACAACACCGGGCCUCACUUCGUUGUCGGGGGAGCCGGUUCCGGGAAUGUCACGGCCGGGAACGACGGGGGAUUCGGACCGGUCGGGCCGGCUUCGUGGAAUCGGUCUUUGGACCGGGCGCUGGACGAAGCCGUGGCCACCGGCUGCCUCAACCUAAGCGGCAGGAAGCUGAAGGAGUUCCCGCGGAGCGCCGCCAACCACGACCUGACCGACACCACCAGGGCCGAUCUGUCUCGUAACCGUCUGUCAGAGCUGCCGGUGGAGGUUUGUGUGUUCGUGUCUCUAGAGAGUCUCAACCUUUAUCAGAACUGUCUACGUUCCCUGCCAGACACCAUCAUCAACCUGCAGGCCUUAACAUACCUAAACAUCAGUCGGAACCAGUUGUCCAGCCUUCCUGCUGUGGUUUGCAGUCUGCCUCUGAAGGUUCUCAUAGCUUGUAACAACAAACUGCUCUCCCUGCCGGAGGAGCUGGGUCAUCUCCGGCAUCUGACAGAACUGGACGUGAGCUGUAAUGAGAUCCAGACAUUACCGUCCCAGGUUGGCCAGUUGGAGGCGCUGCGGGACCUCAACAUCAGGAGGAACCACCUGUCACGCCUGCCACCAGAGCUGGCUGAGCUGCCACUGGUUCGACUGGAUUUCUCCUGUAACAAAAUCACGUCCAUCCCAGUCUGCUACAGGAGACUGGUCAACUUACAGAGCAUUAUACUAGACAAUAAUCCACUACAGACCCCCCCAGCACAGAUAUGUAUGAAAGGAAAGGUCCACAUAUUCAAGUUUCUGAACCUGGAGGCAAGUAAGACGACUCCAGACCUCCCAGACUAUGACAGGAGACCCCUGGCCUUCAGCUCCUGUGGUGAGGAGCUGUACCCUGGUCGGCCAUAUGGAGCACUGGACUCUGGGUUUAACAGUGUUGACAGUGGAGACAAGAGGUGGUCAGGCAACGAGCCUUCAGAGGAGCUUUGUGAGCUUCCUGCACGCGUGGCGGAGAUCUCCAGAGACCACAGACAAAGGAGGAAGGAGGCCAGAGGGGGAGCAGGAGGCCCCCUGGUGUCCAACGGCACAUUGGAGUCUGAGUUGGAACAGAUCGAUUUUAUCGACAGCUGUCCGGGAGAGGAGGAAGAUGAAGAGAGGAGGAGAGGAGGAGGUGCAGGGGACAGCAUCAGCCUAAGCUCUCAGUUCAUGGCCUACAUAGAGAGACGCAUCACCAGGGAGGGUUCUCCUGCAAAAACCAACUCCUCAAGAGACUCCAGAUCAGAGGACACAAGGAGACACAACAGGAGUGUGGUUGACGGUGGUGUAACGGGGCCUUCUGGCCCUCAGAAUCAGAGAGCUGUGUCAGGGUUGGGAGCAGCGGGAGGUGCAGGGGGUGUGGAGCGGGUGAGGAGGGAGGCCCAGCUGGCUGCUCUGAAAUACGAAGAGGAGAGACAGAGGAGCCGCUCCCAGCAGAGAGACUCUGCCAUCAGCUAUGCCAAGUAUAAAGCAUCCCAAAGCCCCACCAAGACCGUUCCCGCAGAGGGUCAGAGCAUCUACCCCUCCAGACGCUCCACCCACACAGAUGACUCCGCCCUCUUUAUGGGGGAGGAGAGGACCACCCUGUCCCCCACAGCCAACCAAUCCCCUUCCUACCCCACAUCUGGGGGUGUGGCCUCCUGCCGAGCAGCCAAUCAGAGGCCUGAGAGCUUUUUGUACCGCCUCAGUCAGAAGGAAGAGAAGAGGAGAGGAGAUGGUGGAGUAGCAUCUCCUCCUACCACAGAGGAGGUGGGUUGUGGGACUCCUCGGAUCCUGCAUGGGGAGGAUGCAGAGCUGGUGGAUCAGCUCCGUAAGAACAUUGAGGCUCGGCUAAAGGUCUCGUUACCUAGCGACCUGGGAGCAGCCUUGACGGACGGCGUGGUGCUCUGCCAUCUGGCCAAUCACGUGCGGCCACGCUCAGUACCCAGCAUCCAUGUGCCCUCCCCCGCUGUGCCCAAACUCACCAUGGCUAAAUGUCGACGCAACGUAGAGAACUUUCUGGAGGCCUGUCGCCGAAUCGGAGUCCCACAGAGUCAGUUGUGUCUUCCUCUCCACAUCCUAGAGGAGCGAGGUCUCUCCCAGGUGGCGGGAACUGUCCGUGCUCUGCUGGAGCUGGCCCCGCCCAAAAACCCCCCGUCCUCUCCCGCUGUCACCACGGCAACCACCACCACCCCCGCCCCUCCCCUCGCCAUGUAGAGGGCGUCACGACACCCCCCCACCCUGCCCCCCCCCCGCACACAUCACAAACACACACACAUGCCAACAGACUGACUGACUGACAGACAAACUGAGGCAAACUAAUGGACAGAUGGAGAAAAGUUUUCUCUUCCUUCGUUUCUCUGAGUCACUUCUUCACUGCACCACCAGGAAGUGUUUAUGUUCCACCAUCUUAUUCCACUUAUUCUGUUGUUUUUAGUAGUAGUACAAGUAUUACUACAACCUAUUUUAAUGAUUCUUUUCUUACUGCGGUAUCAGUAACAGGGGGCUCUGGCUGUGUUGGGCAUCCUGGGUGUUGAAUCCCGUCUCCUGCUGCCUGCUGCCAGACUGAGGUCAGGAGGACAGUAGGACAGACUGUCUCCUGCUGCCAGACUGGUGUCAGGAGGACAGUAGGACAGACUGUCUCCUGCUGCCUGCUGCCAGACUGGUGUCAGUAGGACAGACUGUCUCCUGCUGCCUGCUGCCAGACUGAGGUCAGGAGGACAGUAGGACAGACUGUCUCCUGCUGCCAGACUGGUGUCAGGAGGACAGUAGGACAGACUGUCUCCUGCUGCCUGCUGCCAGACUGGUGACAGUAGGACAGACUGUCUCCUGCUGCCUGCACCCGGACUGGUGACAGUAGGACAGACUGUCUCCUGCCGCCUGCACCCGGACUGGUGACAGUAUGACAGACUGUCUCCUGCCGCCUGCACCCGGACUGGUGUCAGUAUGACAGACCGUCUCCUGCCGCCUGCACCCGGACUGGUGUCAGUAGGACAGACCGUCUCCUGCCGCCUGCACCCGGACUGGUGACAGUAGGACAGACUGUCUCCUGCCGCCUGCACCCGGACUGGUGACAGUAGGACAGACUGUCUCCUGCCACCCGCUGCCAGACUGGUGUCAGUAGGACAGACUGUCUCCUGCCACCCGCUGCCAGAGUGGUGUCAGUAGGACAGUAGGACAGAUCGUCUCCUGCUGCCUGCACCCGGACUGGUGACAGUAGGACAGACUGUCUCCUGCCGCCC